UUCCUCUCCCUUUCUCUCACCUUUCAUCGUCUCUUCCCCCUCCUCUUUCCACUGUCUCCCAUCCUUCUCUCUCCUUUGCCCCCCUCUCUGCCCCAAACGCCUUCUCAACUGUCCCUCCGCUCAUCCGCCUAUUCCACCACUUCUCUCCUUCGUCCCUUUUCCUCUCUCUCUCCACCCUUAUCCCCUCAAGCCUCAUUCCUCAGUCCCUCUCCCCGCACUCCCCUCUCAACACCCUCUCUCCAUCCUCUCUCCGCCCCCCAGGCCGAGGCUCUGUCUCCAAGGUAACGGUGACGCGCGAGCCCGCAGCCCCGCCGCUUGCCCAUUGGUUGCUGACCGCGAUUGCGGUCACCGGCAAUGGCGGCCGGGGUGAGGUGAGCUGGCUUUGGGCCUGGGUAAUGCCGGUACUCCGCUAGGACUCAGAAUCAGCCCGACUCUGUCACACCGGAGUGAGAGCAUGGGAAAGAUCAGUAUUAACAUGGCUAACAAAAAAGGCUGGACUUCAGGGAAAUUGGAACUCUCUUGGCAGAUGCUGCAUUGGUCUCACCCUCCCAUUCAGUUCUAGAUAUUCACCAGGAAGACGUCCAAGAUCUGUAAAAACAUUUAUGUAAUCUGCUAGGAUUUGUUUGGCAAUCAGUUGCUUCAUUGCCUGUGACAUGCUGCACAUCUCUCCUGGCACUUAUAAGCUUUAUCUCCCAUUACUGCCCAUCCACCAGUGCCAUUGCUAUUGCCUGCCAUCUGUAGUACAGACUGACUUUGCCCAUGCUGAGAUGGUGCAAUUCAAAGCUGAGAUUUCUAGCGUCAGAGCUGCAUCAGAUGAUCCUGCAAGGCCAUCUGCUGUCUCACACUGAAAGCCAGAAAUCUUCAGGUCCAUCUAUUUUGCAACCACAAUGGCAGCACUACAUAAGCUUACAGUGUAGGUCCUUCCACGAAUUUGAUGGACCCAUACCUAAUCCAGAGUCACAUGACUUCCCAUUACAAUAGAAUCCUCUCUGCCAAAGCUACAGUGGAUUGUUCUGUUCCAAAAAGCAUGCUGUUGAGCGUAAAAUAUAAAGACCAACUGAAGAAGCAGAAUCUACAAACUAAAUACAAAAAAGGAUUUGUCCCUACAAGAUCAGAAUCUUGGUCCAGCUCUGGUAGCAGUGGAAGGUUAACUGUAACAGAAACUAUCCAGAAUCCUUCCAUACUAGAACACAAUGAGGAUCCCAGAGAGCUAGCAAAUGGUUCCAUGACCCCUGAGCAAACUUGUGUCACUCCCAAAGGGAAUUUUUCAGUGUUGACUUCCACUGCUGAUAUUAAUAAUGAAACAACUCAGAAAAGCUUCAGUCGGUGGUAUUCAGAUGUGAGCUCCAGAAUUUCUGUGUCUCCCAGGCAAUGUUGUAGAUCUUUCCACAGUUCAUCAUCUAGCUUUGCAAAUAGCCAGCAUUACAAAUCAUUUCAGGAUGCACGCCAGAAGACAUAUAGUGGUGACAUUUUGGAGAAACAUGCCCAUUGUUUUACCAGUGGGCAACAAUUCACACCUCGCAUUCUAAAGAAAGAUGCACAGUCUUCCUUGGCCCGUUACCGGUAUUAUACUCCUGUGAAGAAGAAAAAACUCUCAAAAAAGAAAUGCAUGACGCAGGAAACACAGACUGAUUUCACGAGCUCUGAAGAUGUCCCUUUACUGAAGAACAAGAAGGAUCGUUCACACUUUACUUCAUCACAGAUUUGCUCUGAUGAUGAGCGAGAGGUCAGGGAUGUUUCAUCUUUCAAUUUCCAUUGCAAUGAGCCACUAGAAAAUUUUGAACACCCUUAUGAUUACUGUGUACAAAGGUUAUCUUCAUCAAAUAGAAUCAAGUCAUCAAUAAUGCAGAAAGUUAAGGCUGAAGAAGAGGAAUUGAAGUAUCUUGAGUUCAUCUCUGAUAUUACCAGUGAAAUAUUGGCUCGAGGAUUAUUUUCAAACAGUGUUUUGGAAAGAAUAUUUGAACGGCGCAUAGAAGAAAAUAGACAUCGACUAAAUGAACAGAAGUUACGUCAUAUGCUGGAUGAGUUAAAAGAAGAUUUGGGCUUUAAACCAGAAAAGGAAUGGAGGACCAGUAGUUGUGAAACUAUAUUAACAAAUACUAAAAUGUUAGAAUUUAAAAACCCUGAUUCUUUGGAAAAUCAUCGGUUUUCCCAUACUUCGAAGGAAUAUACUGGCAGUACUGCAAGCCUUUCAAUUGACAAUGAAAAUGAAGGAUCUUGGAAUCAUAGACUGUUUGGAAAUUCUAGUGCAAGUAUUUGUUAUGACCAUAACGUUGCUGGAACCACACAUCCUGAUGCUACUGGUGGAGAGCGUAUCCAGGAUAUUCUGCACACAGAACAAGAUCAUUGCCUGUUUUCAAAUAGUGAAGAAAACCCUGAUCAUUUUCAGUCUGUGGACCAUCCAUAUGAUCCCACUGAUUCUGAUUGCACUGAUUCUGAUCACACAACAGUACUGACAGACGUUGAUAAUCUUGUGGUGUCUCUUCAUACUGUUGAUGUUAAGGAAAACUGUGAACUUGAAGAUGAACAGAGUAGAUUUGCAUCAAGUAAAGAUCCAGAAAAAGCUUUCAAUGAUGGCAUUAAUUUGUAGUGCUUGCAGUUCUCUGCAAUUAGACAACUAACAAUCAUGGAUCAUAACAAAAUUCUAGAUCUUUGUGAUGCAAGCCUGUUCUUGUCACUGUGUUGGCUAUUGACUACAACAAAGUUUGCACCAAAAACGUUUUUGGGUAUUUUCCUGAACAAUCUAUGCUUCUCUGCACUGUGCAUAUUAUGUGCUGCAUUUUUGAGAUCUAGUGUAUAUUUUACUACAGUUAUGAAGGCAGUACACAUUACUUUAACCUUGUGUAAAUGAAUCAAAAAUCUAAGUUUAUUAUAAGUAACUACUGCAUUACAAAAGAUACCUCUCACAUUUUCCUGAAUCUUGCACAGGUCUAUUUUAUUUUUAUUAGAGCUCUACAAAUACUGUUUCUCUAUAAGCAGGUGUCAAGAAGAGUGUGAAGGCCAUUCAUAUUCGCCAACUCUGCUUUUGCAGACUUGCUGAAAUCAGGAACUGGCAUGUAAAAGCCCAGAUGCAAACAUAGAUUGUCCUAUUCUGCAAUGCAGUAUAUUGGUAUACUAAUUAGAUUUAACUUCAAUACUUUAUAAUGAGGUAAGCCAGCAAUUUUUUUUCUUUUCUCUUUCACGGGAUGAGGGUGUUGCUGGCGAGGUAGCAUUUAAUUCCCAUUCCUAAUUUCCCAGAGGGCAGUUAAGAGUCAACCACAUUGCUGCAUUUCUGGAGGCACGUGUAGUCCUAGACCAGGUUAGGAUUGCAGUUUCCUUCCCUAAAGGAUAUUAGUGAACCAGAUGGGUUUUUCCAACAUUCAACAUGAAUUCAGUCAUCAUUUUAUUCUUAAUUCCAGAUAUUUAUUGAGUUCAAAUUCCACCAUCCGCCAUUGCAGGAUUUGAACCCGAGUCACCAGAACGUUAUCUGUGUCUCUGGAUUAACAGUCCAGCGAUAAUACCACUAUGCCAUUGCCUCCCCAAUAAAAUAAAUUGUUACAAAAUUAUAGUGUGCACAAUCCAUCCAGUUAUUUUAUUCUUGCUGUUUCAGAGCAAGGGGAUACAUUUCAUUGAAUGCUCAAAUAAGGGAGAUAAUCAUACUGUAACUGGCAUCCAUUAAUAAUUUAUUUUGCUGAAUUUUUUUGAUAAAGAAUUGUUUUAAGCUAUGUUAAGAACAAAUACCAUGUAGAGUUUCUUCUAUGACAAUAUGAACACCACCUUUACCCCAAUUAGAACAAUGUGUCAAAUUUUGGCCAUCACACUUUAGAAAGGUUGGUAAGGCUUUGAAAGCAUAGAGAAGAGAUUUACUGGAAACAUUGCAGAAAUUACAAUUAUGUUGACAAAUUGCCUUAAAUCCGAGAAAGGAGAGAGUCAGUUUGAUAUAGAUUACUAAAUUCUGUCUGGUUUGGUUCUGGUACAUGAGGACAAACUGUUGCCAGUAACUUAAGGAUCAAUUAUGAAAUGGACCAGAUUUGAAGUAUUAACAAAAGAAUCAGAGACAAGGUAAGCAUUUUCAAUGUGCUGAGUACAGAAGUUAUAAUUUAGAAUGCACUGUUUGAAAGGGACUUGAUGCUGAGUCUGUAGCAAAAUUCAAAGUGCAUAGGAUAAAUACAUGAGAAAGAAACACUGCAAGGAUAUGGGUAACGAGUAAGGAUGAAUUAGAAUGUUCCUUGCGAGAACUGGCACGGACACAGUGGGCUGACUGGCCUCCUUCUGGACUAUAUCAUUCCCUGAUUUCAUAAAAGUCAUCCACAACGGGCAAUUUUUCCAUUGAUGACAGCUGAUCGAAGCUUACGAUGGUGCAGAAGAGGAAAUUCUACAGAGAACAUUUACUUCAGGAGUUCUCAAAAUCAAAUUUGUGAAUCAAAAGAAGAGUGGCAAGGGUGGCUAAUCAGUGUUAAUAAGUGUGCAAGCAUUUAGUUGUAUUUAGUUUUGAUUAUGCAGCAAUUCAAAAGAAUGUAAUUCCCUGCUAAUAUUGUCCAAAUUUAAUACAUUCCAAUUUGCAUACAUUGUAUGAGAAGAGCAUUUUCUAAUUUUUUGUACCAGUAUGCAAAUUUUGCAUAGCAUUCUCACAUCAUUUGUUAGCCAUUGUAAGUUGAGCAUAUCAAUGAAAACUAUAUACUGGUAAAAUGAAAAAUAACUUUCAUCUAAGAUAGUAAACCAAUAAUAUUUUUAAUGCUGAUUGAGACAUCUCCAGACCUUAACACAAAAUAUUAAGUCUAUAAAUGUGACUAACUGUUUCAAUAUUUUAAUAUUAAAAUAUUUGGGAAGUCCCAAUCUAGUCUUUAUUAAGAAUGAAUACCAUUCAGAAAAGUGGUUAUGAUUCAACAAAUAAAUUGAAAAUAUCAGUCAAGAGAGGCUAAUGUCAGACUUUGAACAUUACUACAAUGGUGUGUUAGAUUUACUUGCCUGAUUUCGUAAUAAACAAAUCUACUUUACUCAGCAUUUGAUUCUUGUACAUCUGAUCUGUUAAAUUUAGAUGAAUUAUCAUGGCUUUUUUCCCUUUUCACACAUUGAAAAAUACAUCCAAAGACAUGACAAUUUAAUAAAUAUCCUUAAAUAUUUAUGCCUAGUUAUUGAUAAUGUUAAUCUUGUUUCCAUAAUUUUGAAGUAUGGAUGAUAGGUGAAUUAUUUUUAUUAUAAUUUCUCCCUACAGUUAUGAUCUCAAAAGAAGUAAGUAGUCAUUCCUCUUUUUAAUUGCUAUGAACUGUUCCUGAACACAUUUACAACCAAAAUAGUUCCUUUAAAAUAAGUAAUGAUAAAGAUCCCUUGGCAAAAGUAUGACAGGAAAUAUACAUCUCAAAUAGAAUAAACUUGAUCGCCUGCAUUUAAGUUUUGUGUGUCAACAUAUACAAAUUUCAUGUUAUUGUUUAAAGUUUUUUGCAAGUGAAAAUUUGCUGUUACUGCAACUAUCAUGAAAAUACAUGUGUGUACCUGGAAUUCUUAAAAGAAUUGUCUUGUAUAUAUGAUUCGCAAUAACACUGAUUUAUUUUGUAAGUAAAAUUCACCAUAUCUGCAAAUCUUCAGUUUAGCCCCUUGAAUACCAAAUUGUGGUUUGUCUUUUUUAUUAAUUUUGACAUAUCCUGAUUCUUCUUGGGUGUAACCUGUAAAGAUAAUUUCAUUGAUUUCCUGACCUAUUGCUCAUAAAGUCAGAGGUUUUGGUAGUAAGGAGAAUGCACUCUCUCAUGUGUUUUCUACCUUGAAAGUGAGCCCCUUCAAAGUUGUAACAUGUUUAUAUCAGAAUAUGUUAGAUUUUUAAAAUUCUGUUUUUGCUGGUCACUGACAUUGCGUCUUGUAGGAACAGCUAGUGGAGAACAUAAAUUAUGGUCUAGCAUGCCAAAGGCAUUUGUGAUGAAAGUGCGUAAUUUGUGUAUGUUAAUUGCAGUUUUUGAAUUUGGUUUCAAAAUAGAGGCAGGUAUAAAAGUCAGAAAAUCUUUUCAGAAUGGUGAUCUAAACCUGCAUUUGUUAGAAAGGUAAUGACUACAGAUCCCUAUGAGGUUAAAGGUUUAAUGUUGAGUUUGUGAUAGCUAGGGAAAAUAUUUAAGGUCACUAGCAAGUUUUGAGAAGAUUUGUAGCUCAGAUUGAGGUUCUGGAUGUGAGUUUGCUCACUGAGCCGGAAGGUUCGUUUUCAGACGUUUU